AUGGACAAGGUGUCCGGAAGUUGGGUUCUGGGUCCCUUGGGCUGCAAACUGGUGGUGUACGUGCAAAUGGUCACCCUCGCCUCGACGACCUUCAUCCUGGCAUCGAUGAGCUACGACAGGUACGCGGCCAUCUGUCGACCGCUCGAGUCGCGGUCGGGACUGCGCCGCGCGAAGGCCAUGCUGGCCACAUCCUGGGUCCUCGCCUUCAUCUUCGCCAUUCCACAGCUCUUCAUCUUUGUCGAGGUGCAAACAGGGGUGACCGUGUCAGGCCAACCACACAUGGAGUGUCUCAGCGUUGGCUACACGCGCCAUUGGCAACGUCAGCUCUACUUCUCAUGGCUCACACUGUAUAUCCUGGUGGUGCCAGGACUGCUGAUUUCGGCCUGCUACCUGCGACUGCUGCGCGUUGUAUGGACCGCCUCGGCACCGGACGGCGCUGGCUUCCUUGUAGCGGCCGGCUCUAAGGACAAGGACCAGAUCGGCGCUAGCUUCAAGUCCAACGGCAAGGGUCCGCCACCGACUCUGCGGCGCUGCACGCAGGCACAUCCGCUGCUGCCCCGGGCACGCGCCAAGACGCUCAAACUCACGGUGUGCAUCAUAGCGAGCUUCAUGCUUUGCUGGAUACCGUACUUUGCGGUGCACAACGUGCGAAUCCACAGCCACUAUUGCAUCAAGGUGCCACGUGCCAUCAUCGUGUUUGCCGAGACAGUAGCAUUGCUCAACAGCGCCGUCAACCCCAUAUUUUACGGCCUCUUCAACGUCCACAUCCGCCGCGGACUGUGCGAGAUCCUGUCGAGAGCUCGAGGCAGCAGCCGUCGCCACAGCUGCUACUACGGCCACGACUCGACUCUUCGUCAGCGAGGCCGGAACACAGCCCACGCCGUGGCACUCACGACGAGCACCUGCGCUCCCGAUGCCAGCUCCCUGGCAAGCCCCGCCCACCACAAAGGCCGCUUGCUCCAGCAGCUCCAACACGAUGAACAGGAUAGCGUGCAUCUAGGCAACGUCGAGGAGGUGCCAUUGGUUGCAAUCAACGGCAACGCCACUCCACCAUGUGCAGUGUAA